GUAUAAACUCUGAGGUGAAGUAUUCUCUACUCGAGGACAACAGUGGACACUUCUCAUUGGAAGAGUUCUCCGUUACGGUGCACGUUGUCGACCUGAGCGACUACCAGCCGGUGUUCCUGAGCCGGGAGUACUCCGCCCAGAUCCCAGAAUCCACCUUGGUAGGAACAGAGGUCAUCAGCGUCUCUGCCCUCACUAGAGACGGGACUGAGACGGAACCCAUCGUCUACUCCAUCGUCUCUGGCAACGAGGGGGGAAGGUUCUACCUGCACCCGACAACUGGUGUUCUGGCUGUGAAUGGCUCUUUAGACUUUGAGCGUUGUCGUGAAUACUACCUGUCAUUGGAGGGGACGAGAGGCAAGUCGACUCUGAGCGACAUCACCAUGGUGAUUAUCAACAUCACGGAUGUCAAUGACAACGCGCCCGUGUUCGGACAGCGAGACUACACUGCUGACGUCUCAGAGGACUUGUCGCCUGGCGAUGUGGUGAUGCAGGUGACAGCCAACGACCUGGAUGGGCCGUUGAACAACCUCAUCCACUAUUCCAUCUCCAGUGGAGACCCUCAGGGGCAGUUCAGCAUCGACCCUCGCAGUGGAGAGAUCAUAGUCAGGGCCACGCUGGACAGAGAGGAGAUCACUCACUACUCUCUGACGGUCCAAGCAGCCGAUGAGGGAGACCCUCCUCUGUCUACCGCGGUCCAAGUGACCUUGACCGUGUCCGAUGUCAACGACAACCCACCUGUCUUCUCCCAGAUUAAACACAACCUGGUCCUUCAG